CACCUUCUCUGGUAUCACCUACAUCCUCCGCAAUGGCCGAAACAACCCCCCAAGAAUCCACCCAACCCGCCUGCGCCAGCUUCCGGCGCUUCAUCCAAGACCUCCAAGCCGAGAACGACCUGGUCGCCAUCGACGAAGAAGUCGACCCGGACCUGGAGCUGGCAGCCAUCACACGCAAGGUCUACGAGACCGAAGACAAAGCACCCUUGUUCAAUAAUCUCAAGGGGCGCCACCCGAACGGCCUGUUCCGCGUGCUGGGCGCCCCCGUCGGCGCCAGCAAGCAGCCGGGCAAGCGGUUCAUCCGCAUCGCCAAGUCGCUGGGGCUGCCGGCCACCGCCACCGGACAGGAGAUCAUCCAGAAGUUCCGGGCCGCCAAGCACCUGCCUCAGAUCCCACCGACGGAGGUCCCCACGGGCCCCGUCAAGGAGUUCAAGCUGCUGGGCGAUGAGAUCGACCUCACCGCCCUGCCCAUCCCCAUGCUGCACGCCGACGACGGCGGCAAGUUCCUGCAGACGUUCGGCAUGUACAUCGUGCAGAGCCCCGACGGGGCGUGGGUGAACUGGUCGAUCACGCGCAGCAUGCUGCACGGCAAGCGCACGCUGGUGGGGCCGAUGAUCCCGCGGCAGGACAUCGGGGUGAUCCGGCAGAUGUGGGCCGAGCUGGGCAAGGACUGCCCCUUCGCGCUGUGCUUCGGGGUACCGCCCGCGGCGAUCAUGGUGACCCAGGCCGAAACCAACGACAUCCUGGUGCCGGCGAACGCGGAGAUCGUCUUCGAGGGGUCCAUCUCGCGCACCGAGACCGCGCUCGAGGGCCCCAUGGCCGAGUACCCGGGCUUGAUCUUCCCGGGGGAGCAGAAGGAGUGUCCGCUGCACCGGAUCGACGCCAUCACCUACCGCCGCGACCCGAUCCUGCCCCUCUGCGUGACGGGCCGCGCGCCCGAGGAGAGCGAGACGGUCUGGGGGCUGACGCAGGCGGCCGAGGUGCUGACCCUCUGCCAGCAGGCCGGCCUGCCCAUCACGAUGGUCUGGAACCCGUUCGAGUCGCACUGCCUCUGGUUCGUGCUGCAGGUCGACCGCGCGCAGCUGCGCGCCCGCCGCUCCACCAUGGAGGCCUUCAGCCGCGAGGUCGGCCACACCGUCUUCGCCUCCAAGCCCGGCUACUACAUCCCCAUCAUCUACCUCGUCGGCGACGACAUCGACCCCACCAACCUGCGCGACGUCAUCUGGGCCAACGCCACCCGCUGCCAGCCCCGCGACAACGAGUACUUCUUCGACCAGUACCCCAACAUCGGGCUGAUCCCGUACGUGUCGCAUGGGGCCAAGACCGGGGCGAAUCAUGUGAAGGUCGUGCGCUGCUGCAUGUUCGCCAGUGAGUUCUCCGAGGUGCCCACGUAUAAGGAGGCCUCUUACCGGGGGAACUAUCCUCGGGAAAUUCAGGAUAAAGUGGAUGCCAAGUGGUCGACGUAUGGGUUUUAGUGGGUGCGGCUGGCAUUGUGUUCUGGUUCACCAGAGUAGAUUGAGG